UGAACCGCUGGGCCUGUAAAGUUUCCAAGUAUUAUCGAGGCUGCAUAUUGGACGAGGCUGCAUUUUUUUGUGAAAAUGCAUAUCAUCUUGCGUACCCAAUUGGUCUCUCCUACCGAAUUGCCGUUUCCAGCCUGCCGGAUGAUUUCAUCAGGUAAGGACCUCCGCGGACCCAUAAUUCUGGAAGAGGAGCUAUGGCAAAAGCUAAGUACAUGAGCGUUUCAUACCGUCGAUAACUUUGAAUAUUAUGUUAUGUCUGAUAAUAAUAUGUCAUUUCAAAUUCUGAAAUGAUAUCUUCGACAAGCCCGCCGCUCAACUGGCUUUUCAAUACUCCCUGUCCUUGCAUAAUUUUCCCAUCGCAAUAUUGAAGCAAACAUGCGGCCAAGAUGCUGCAGAUAUGCGCCGCUAUGGCUGUGAUCAGUUCACAUUCUAUUGCAUCAGAUUCUCCCAAGCCAAUGGAAAGUCUGCCAGGCUGUGAUGGCCAUGAAAUAGUGUUGGUUGUUGGGCCCCCAAUAUCUGCCAAACCAUCGGAAAUGGGAGCCUUGCAUCUGCAAAGCCAACGCAUUUCAUCAGCUUCCCUCUCAUCUCAGAGUCGGAGACGUCUCUAGAUUAUAUAUCUUAAAUGCUUCAGUGGAUCAAAGUGGAUAUACAGAUUAACAAGAACGAGUAGUGAGAAGAACAACCCGUGGUUCAAGAUGCCGGCCUCGUUCAAAGAACUCCUCAAAUCCCCGCUCGUCCAAUUCAGUAUCGGACAAAUCACCGAUGAUGGGAAAAGGACCUUGUAUCUCGUCCACCAGGAAGCCGUCGCUCAGCUCUCUCAACCUCUCCAUGACACGCUGAAAGGAGACCAGGCGGUUAUUCAUACGGUAUGGCCGGAUGUCACCAGAAGGACCUUUGAACGACUCAUCCAAUUUGCGUAUACCGGCGAUUAUGCGAUUCCCAGGCCACCGAGACGCCGUGUAGCUGUGAAUGAGCAGGAGGCUGUGGAAAGUGAGCCAUCAUCGAGCACUUUAAAUGAGAUUCCGGCCGUUGAGGAAGGCGAUGAGCUGCUUGCUGAGGAUGUACCACCAGAAGAGGCGCCGCCUCCCCCUGUUGAAGAAUACAUUGAGCCGGCUGCUGUUCCUUCCACUAGUAGCUGGGGAAGGGGUUGGCAUACGAGCCAGGCGGCUGCCCCUGAAGAGCCCACAGAAGAACCCGAGGCAGCGGCAGACUCUUGGUAUUUUAGCGAAGCGGCGCCCAAAAAAAAGGUCAAGACAAAAAAGGUGCGUUCUUUUUACCCGGUACCAGCGCCAGAACCAGAGCCAGUUCCAGAGCCAGUUCCAGAGCCAGUUCCAGAACCAAGUAGUUUCGCCUCCCUAUCCUUCGACCUCCUCGCCCCGCGCGACAACUACAAGGAUGCCUGCGAGCCCUCCGAGCUAUUCAUUGCAGAACGAAACUAUUCCAAAGUCUUCCUCUCCCACGCAAAGCUCUGGGCCAUAGCAGAUAUCCACGGCAUCGAAGCGCUCAAAGCGCUAGCACUGUACAAGCUCCACAAAACACUGUGCGUCUUCGAGAUCAGCAGCGAGAAUGCGGGUGACGCGAUUGACCUCGUUCGCUACGUGUAUUCCCCGGAAUGUGGAGCACUGGGGGAUGACAAGUUGAAGGCGCUGGUGGCCCAGUACAUGGCCUGCAAUUCGGCGAUCUUGUCGCAUGACAGCGGUUUCAUGGAGCUUUUGAGGGAGGGGGGCCUGUUUGUCGAGGAUUUCUUACGGCUUGUUAUGCAGAGGAUGCAAUAGUCCUACGAUUUACGAAAUGUUUUUCUUAAGGAGGAUAUGAAGGCAGAGGGCCCAGUAAAGAGAUUCCGGGACUGAGACUGAGAGGUUUAUUAUCCAAAAUAUAGCUUUAAAUCUACUAUCCCUACCCCAUAACGGAGGAUACACAGAGCUUUAGCUAGAGGAGGUCAAUUUAUCAAAUAUUUCCAAAGAUCGUCGUGCAGAGGAGACAAAUAUUCUCAUCUAUCUCUCUCACUAGUUCAUUUCCUGUGGUUAUUUUACUACACAAACGGCCUGUCUGCCGACUUUACUUUAUUUUUUCUCUAUUACUAUUGAGUUGAGGUGCGAACGAUAUGGUAUUCUACAGAUAAUACAG